AUUUGGCAGGGCUUAUUUUACUAGGAGAUGUAAAUAGCGGGGUGAUGGCAGCUCCAGAACCAGGACAGUGGAGAAUUACAGUUGUCAAUAUGAAUGUGGUACCUUCAGGCGUUUGGAAAUUGCUCCCAAGGAUGAACCAGACUUGUGGAGGUCUACAUUUCUUUUCUGAUGUCUUGGCUGAGUUCUUUUGAUUUUCCCAUGAUGUCAAGCAAAGAGGCACUGAGUUUGAAGACCUCAAGACCAUUGCUUUUGAGGAAAUCUAUGUAUAAAGACACUGAUAUCAAAUUGAAAGUUGUGUCCUUUGGAUGUCCAGAGGAGAUGACUUUUACCAUUCAAUGGUACUUGAAAUACUACCCCUGUCACAACGAGUUCAAUAAUAUUGAGGAAAUGUAUGAGAGGACGCCACUGAGUCGAGGACAGAGUAUGGAUCCUAACCCUCUAGGACAAGGGGAAUGCAUUGAGCACAAGCACAAGCCCUUGACCUGCAACAAUGACCUGCGAUACUUCCCAAUGCUAAAUAAAGCCAAGGUGGAACCACGGACAGUUGUCCCGCCCAUGGAAGGGGCAGCACCGGGUUCGGAUGAGAACUACACCAAAUGGACAAUGGAGGAGUACGACAAAGUCAGCGGUGUGAAGAAUUCCAGUGUGUCACUUAAAGAUGAUGUCAUUGCCACCACGUGGAAGGAUGGCCCCUAUCUGUUUGUGGUGGUGAUUAAAUCUAACAAACAGGAAGCCAACUGGAAUUUAACUGUAAACGUUGUAAUGAAAGGAACUCACGGCUACAUCUCCAUCACUGAAUGGCCUCUCAUGAUCUUCUACAUGGUGAUGUGUAUAGUGUACAUCCUGUACUCGUUACUCUGGUUCAUGUGGGCUGCCUGUUACUGGAAGGACUUACUGCGGAUCCAGUUCUGGAUAGCUGGAGUCAUCUUUCUGGGCAUGGUGGAGAAGGCUGUGUUCUGUGCCGAGUACGAGAACACCAACGGUGUCGGGGCAGCUUCUCCAGGCCUGUUGAUCUUUGCUGAGCUCAUUUCUGCCCUGAAGAGAACCCUGGCACGGCUGCUGGUCAUUAUUGUUAGUCUGGGAUAUGGUAUAGUCAAGCCUCGACUGGGUACUGUGAUGCACAGAGUGGUGGGACUAGGCGUCCUGUAUUUUGCCUUUGCUGCUAUCGAAGGUGUGCUUAGGAUCACUGGGGUAAGGAGUUUUCUUAAUUUUGCUCCAUUGAGCUUGCAUUCAAAAUGUGACAUUUCAGUUGUAGAUGCGCUGCUGUUUUUCCCUUGUGAGUUAUCGGAAUUACUUUCAAUAAAUGUAUAUUCACUAAAGGGUCGUGACAAUGGCCUUUCCCUCAUCACAAUCGUUGUUCUAGUUGUGAUGGACUCCUGUAUCAUCUGGUUCAUAUUUGUGAGCCUGGCUCAAACUAUAAAGACACUGAAGCUGAGGAGAAACCCAGUCAAACUGUCUCUCUACAGACACUUCACGAACACACUCAUCUUUGCCAUCAUAGCUUCAAUCAUUUUCAUGGUGUGGACGACAAAAAAAUUCCGGCUAGCAGAUUGUCAGUCGGACUGGAUGGAGCUGUGGGUAGAUGAUGCCUUCUGGAGGUUCCUCUUCUCCAUCAUACUACUGGUUAUCAUGUUCUUAUGGAGACCAUCUGCUAACAACCAGAGGUAUGCAUUCACUCCUCUGAUGGAUGACUCUGAUGAGGAGAUCGAGGACUUCCUGGUGUCAGCUAAUUUGGCUGACGGCAUAAAGUUGAGAGCAACCAACUCCAGGAUUGAGACAAACGGUUCUGCCAAGCCUUCAGGACCCAACCCGGAUGAAGACAUGAAAUGGGUGGAAGAGAACAUUCCUACCUCUUUAUCAGACGUAGCGUUGCCUGUCCUUCUCGACUCGGAUGAGGAAAUCAUGACCACAAAAUAUGAAAUGUCCAAGAUGGAGUAACAUGGGAAGUCUUCCUCCCACUCAUGGUGGAUGCAGAGCAUCUCUACCUCGGGUUCCUAAUGCAUGGCAUGGAAUAGACAGAUCAUCUGGAGCACGACACCUUUCCAAUCCUAGUCCUAGGGCUGUUUAGGCUGAGACUCAGACCUCUGAUCCUCUGUACAACACUACUGUGGCUUAACGCAACACCUCUGACUAUUCCUAUUCAUUGGGCAUCAAAUGGAAGAAAAUGGAUUAAAACGGGGAGGUACUACUUCAACUUGUCCAAUAAGAAAUACUUGUUUUAGUUUUCCUUUCCAGAGUGUUUGUUACGGUGUGCUCUAAUUUAUUCAACCGAAUAUGUGGGCAACAGAAAAUCUCACCUGCAAUACUCCUAUUCUGUGUGUCCCAAAUGGCACCCUGUUCUCUAUAUAGGGCACUGCUUUUGGCCAUGGCCCAUAAGGUUUUAUAUGGAGUAUGGUGCCUUUUGACCAUGGCCCAAAAGGUUUUAUAGGGAAUAUGGUGCCUUUUGACCAUGGCCCAAAAGGUUUUAUAGGAAAUAUGGUGCCUUUUGACCAUGGCCCAAAAGGUUUUAUAGGAAAUAUGGUGCCUUUUGACCAUGGCCCAAAAGGUUUUAUAGGGAAUAUGGUGCCUUUUGACCAUGGCCCAAAAGGUUUUAUAGGGAAUAUGGUGCCUUUUGACCAUGGCCCAAAAGGUUUUAUAGGGAAUAUGGUGCCUUUUGACCAUGGCCCAAAAGGUUUUAUAGGGAAUAUGGUGCCUUUUGACCAUGGCCCAAAAGGUUUUAUAGGAAAUAUGGUGCCUUUUGACCAUGGCCCAAAAGGUUUUAUAGGAAAUAUGGUGCCUUUUGACCAUGGCCCAAAAGGUUUUAUAGGAAAUAUGGUGCCUUUUGGGAUGUAACUUAUGAGACUUCUGUUCCAAAAAAAACAGCUUCACUUUGUUAAAUGCUGUAUGUAUUUAUUAACAAUUUUUUUCUCACUGAGCUUGACUUUAUAGGAGAAAGGAACAAGCUGGUAUAUUAUUUCAACACCAAUUGGACACACUGCAUAAUAACAUUACCAAUAUUAUUUUGAUAGUUGAUAACAUUCAGAGGUGUAUAGUAAACAUGAUUUAUUAUAUAUUUCACUAAGUGAAGCUUUAUUGUUUCCUAACCAAAGUAUAAUGUGAUGUGGGAGGGAUUGUGUGUUUUUGUCUAGGCUGGGACACAGGAUUCAUACGUGCAGUGUGUUACGCAGUACUAAACAGAAGUGUUCUUGAUAAUGUCAGUGUACAAUUGCAGGACUGGUCUGUUCAGGAGGAUGUAACAUUACAGAAUGUUUAGAUAGAAACACAAGGAAUAGAGCUGACAUGAUUCCCUAUUCUAUCUACUAUCAAUGUUCAGAAUGUUUACAUCACUGAAUGGACCCCUGAGGUUGGUAGAGGCAGUACUGUAAUUGAGGCUUACGUCAUUGAGGAGUUGUGUGUUUGAAUGGGAGUGGAGGGAAUCUUUAUCCUGGUUCCAGAUCAGCAACAAUGGCCAUAGGAGUUGGCAAGACGGCACAAACACAUCUGGGAUCAGGCUAGGAAGUCCUCUGUUUCCGCUAGUCAAAUAAAGAGCAAUAUUAUAUAUGACCGUGUAGGGUUUACUUACACUCCUCUAGUACCCUCCCUUUAUCUGUUUUACAUUGCUUGUGCACCAAAUGGUACCCUAUUCCCUAUAGCAGGGGUGCCAAGCUCAUUCCAUGUAAGGCUGAGUGUCUGAAGGUUUUAGGUUUUUUCCUUUCAAUUAAGACCUAGACAAUCAAGUACAAAGGAGGAGUGAAAACUCACAGAUGCUCAGCCUUCCAUAGAAUGAGUUUGUAAAGAGUGCCCUAUAUAGUGCACUACUUUUGACCAGAUCCCUGUGCGCCCUGGUAUAAAGUAGUGUGCACUAUAUAGGGGAUAGGGUGCUAUUUGGGACAAAAAUGGUUAUUUAUGUUUAAGUGUACUUACAACUUGCUAUAUUUAGUUUAGUUUACUCUAGGUACAUUUAUGGGGAUGUUGUUUUGUGUGAUAAGUUUUAAUAUUAUUUCUGAUUUGUUGUCAUCUGUCUAGCUUUUUCUAAAACUCUUUUUAAAGGACAAACUAUUGGAAAUGACUCUUGUCUCGUUGAUUAAUUAAUGCGUUUUGUUUUGCCGUUGAAACGGGGAUGUCUCUCUCCAUCUUAUGUUCUGUAAUGGUAUAACACUUUCAAAGUACAGAUUCUUUGUGCACCAUUUCUGUAACGGCAAUCGGUACUGGUGCCAGUUAGAUGGUGCCUGAAGUCUUCAGCUGUAUGGGGGGGGUGUGUUGUCUUGUGUGGACAUUCCCGUUUCCAAAUAGGAUGAUGUUGUAUUGGUCCAUGUUAUGCUCUGCAGCCUUCACCUAGGUUAGGGAGUUAUGAUUUCACUCACAACCUCAACUAUUUCCUAGGACCUGUCCAGAAACAUUCCCUACCCACUAGAUUGUCUUACAUCUGUCCAAUCCUUGCAUAGGUAGGGUGUAGUUGUCAGUUUGGGAAUCAGGCCCUAGUAUAUGUAGUGCUUUCCCUAACUUGUAUAAAUUCAUAUUAAGAUACUUCCUCUUACUCAGACCCUGACAUUCUUCUCUUUAUGAUCAUUGUUUCCCUCUUAUGUAGCCUACAACUGUAUGUCUGUCUCAGAGUUGAUUAUUUUCACUUAAGACUGGUUUUGUCUGACUGUUAGUGCUGUUAUUAUAUUAUUUACUGCCUGAUACCUUUUUUGGAAGGGUUAACAUCUUCAAAGCUAUGCUUGAACUUUUAAACACAGGGCCUGUGUUCAUAAAGCGUCGCAGUACGAGUGCUGAUCUAGGAUCAGUUUGACCUUCUAGAUCGUAAUGGACACCUGAUUCAGAUUGGCACGCCUACUUUGAGAUGCUUAGUAAUGUAGAUAUGGCUCCAGAUCAAUGUGGCUUGUUUGUGCUUUUUAUUUCUGUUGACAGAGCAGAGAGCGGGAGAGAACAGCACCAUGUUAUUAGUAUGCCAAACUAAAUCUGUAUUUAUGAUGUUUGUUGAAAAUCUUUGUUUUCUGAUCUAUUUCAAUACGAUGGUUAAUUUAAUUGUAAAUAAAAAUGUUUUACAAAUGA